AUGAGCUGGAGAGCAAGCAAUAGCAAUAAAACGAAUACAAAUCCAUUUGAGGUGCUCCAGGAAGAAGAGCAACCAUCAUCAUCACCCCAACGUCAGCAUUAUAGAAACGAGCAGCGUGGUCAGCAUGCCGAGCGACAAAGAUUACAGACAACAGCAACAACGCACCAUAAGCCUGAACAAAGCAGCAUGAUCGCUGAUGAUGGUAGCAAAGCACGAAGCCGUUAUAGAGAAUGGACACCCACUGCUGGUGGUGAUGAUGAUGAAGAUGUUUAUGCACAGAGUCGUCUUGCUGAUCAUAAUGGGGAGAGACAAGUGGACGACCUCAAAGGCGACAUACGAAACGUCAAGCAGGAUACGUUAUCAAGCACACGAAAUGCUCUUAGCACCAUUACGGAUGCCCAAGGCAUUGCCACCACGACACUUAGCGACCUUGGUGAACAAGCAUCACAACUUGGGAAUGUGGAACGUAAUAUCGGAGAAGCAAGAGCUGAAGCCGAACAUGCAGCCGAACAAGCUGGACGGCUAAAACGGUUGAACCGAUCCAUUUUUUUGCCAACCUUCAAGAAUCCAUUUCAACGUAAAGCACGUGCGCGUCGAGAAUUAGAGCAAGCACAAGAAAAGCAUGCUGCCAAUCGUGAAGAACGAGGCGUUAUUAGCCAAUUCGAGCACCAGUCUCAAACACGGACAAACCGUGCACAGCAGCAACCUCCCGCUACAACAUCAUCGAAAAGUGGACGCUCUAAAUCCGAUCGCAAUAGAUAUCAAUUUGAGGCUGAUUCGGAAGAUGAUGCUAUAGAAGACGAGAUUGAUCAAAAUCUAGAUGAUAUCAGCCAUGCUACGGGUCACUUGAAACACAUGGCCACUGCUAUGCGUGGAGAAAUUGAUAGCCAAAAUGAAGCACUAGGACGUAUCCAAGAUAAAGUUGAUCCCAUCAAUCAAGAUAUUUUCACAACUACCCAUCGCAUCAACAAGAUCAAAUAA